CUGCAGUUGAAUUCAGUAUGGCAUCAGAAAAGACCACAAAGAAAGAUCUGCUGAAGGCUGAGGAACAGCAGCAAAGUGCUGUCAGUCGGGUAACCAGCUUGCCCUUGCUCAACUCUGCAUUCAACCUGGUCUCAUCUGCCUACAACUAUACCAAAGAGACACAUCCUUACCUCAGCGGUGUCUGCAACGUGGCUGAGACUGUGGCUGCUGUGGCAGUGGGCAGCGUGGUUGGUGGGGCACAGCCCAUCCUGAACCAACUUGAGCCACAAAUUGCCCUCGUAAAUGAAUAUGCCUGUAAAGGACUGGAUCAGCUGGAGGAGAACUUGCCUUUUCUUCAGCAGCCAGCAGAUAAGGUCAUCUCAGACACCAAGCAGCUGGUUUCCACCAAAGUUACAUCUGCUAUGGAUGCUGCCUGUGAGGCAAAAGGAGGUGCCAAGGAUCUUGUGACCAACAAAGUGACUGAAGCAGUGGACCUAACCAAAGGGGCUGUUCAGGAUGGUGUUGAGAAGACCAAAUCAGUGGUCACUUCUACAGUCAGUACAGCUCUGGAUGCUGCAGUGAGCCAAGCAGUGGCAGGUGGUGUGGAGUCUGUCCUGGGUAUAUCAGAAGAUCUGGUGGAUCACUACCUCCCAAUGACAGAGGAGGAACUAGGUGAACUGGCCACUGCUGUGGAGGGAUCUGGUAUGGCUUCUGUGGAGGAGCAGAAACAGCAGCAGAGUUACUUUGUGCGUUUGGGUUCCCUCUCUAACAAAGUCCGUCACCGAGCCUAUCGGCACUCGCUGAACAAACUGCAGCGCGUUAAGCAGAGCACCCAGGACACUCUGUCACGACUACAGCUGGCAAUUAAACUGAUCGAAUCUGUCAAACAAGAAGUUGGCCAGAAGCUUCUAGAUGGGCAGGAAAAGCUCCAUCAGCUGUGGGUGGACUGGAGCCUGACCCAACCCAAAGGAAACCAAGUUAAAACUGCCUCCCAACCAGAGCAGGUAGAGUCACGGACUCUAGCUAUGCUGCGAAUCAUCACCCAGCAGCUACCACCCAUUUAUGAGAAUCUGAAAGCCAGCAUCCAAGGCCUCCCCAGCAACAUCCAAGAAGCUGUGUAUCAGGCCACUCGAAAUAUCCACAAGCUCCGUAGUUCUUUUGCCAAUGCUGUGUCUUUCCAGGACCUCUCCAGCACCACCCUGACCCAGAGCCAGGACUGUGUAGCAGAAGCCCAAAGGUCCCUAGAUGACCUGUUUGAGUACGUAACUCAGAACACCCCUCUGAACUGGGUUGUGGGUCCCUUCAGGGCGAUAGCUAAAGUGUCACAGGACAGCAGAAAGGAGAAGAAGAAAGAUAAGGUGACUGAUAGAAAAUCACCUCUGUUAGAAAAGGCUACAUCUUCAAAGAAGGUGGCUAAGACACCCAAAGAACCAAAGGGAGGAGCUGGGAUCCCAGGGAAAUGGUGUGAACUGCUGGAGAAGCUGGAAGAGAAG